AUGGCCUACUACGACUUAAGGUCGCAGGUUCUAUCCUGGCAGCCACCUUCCGAUGCCCGCGAUGAUUUCAUCACUGGCGGGCGGAUCUACCAACAAGCCAUUCUCUGCUACCUUGAUGCGUCAUUUGCGAGUCCACCCUUAACCGCUCAAACUGAUCUCCCGGAUUUUAUCUGCGAACGUUUCGAAACCCUCAAACACUUGCUCGACGAACUCCCCGUUGAUGCCCCGAUUUCCCACACUCUGUGUUGGCCCUUGGCACUAUUCGGGAGUUUGGCUCGCAAAGCUGAACAGCGGGAGUUCAUUAUACAUCGGCUACAGGCAAUGUGGGAAAUACUCCACCUGGGAAACAUCAGGACAACUAUGCGCUUUUUAGAACGACUCUGGGAUGACCAUCAUGCCAGCCUGAGUAACAACGUCGCCGCUUGCGGUUCUGUUGAUGGCACGUCAAGUGCGCUUGUUCGGGCUACGAAACGGAAAAUAAAUUCGAAGGACAUAUAUGACAAUAGCGAUAUGGAGGCCUUGAUGAAGAGAUAUGAAUUAAUGUUUUCAUUCGCUUGA